AAUUAUACGUACAUUACAAGCUAAUAUUUGGUAAUAAACUAAUAAUAUUUUUUUUUAGCAUCGAGAAAACAAAUUAAAGAAUGUGCACCCAUGGUAGUUUUUUCAGAAAUCAAAUGAAUUUAGUGGCAGCGUGUGACGAAGAGAGCAGAAUUCACCUCCCAUCAAUACAGCUUGAAGCGGGACCAUCAUAACAAGGACGGGUCCAUCCCAGCAUGAAUGCAUCACCCUUUUAUUUUGUUGAGCUCCAAGUCUAACCUGCUCAGCUUGCCCUCUCUAAUACUUCCUCUCCCCCAACGGCUUCUUCAUCCUGAUAAAGUCGACCGGGGAACGGAUUAACUAACUCUCGUUUCUGGCAUGGGUGGUUGUUUGAGCGCCCAAAUUAAAGCAGAAAGCCCAUGCAACUCAGGGUUAAAUUCAAAGUACGCGAGCACUGACGGAAAGGAUGCUAACAGCACAGGGAGCAAGGCGUCGGCAGUGUCAGUUCCUCAGACUCCAAGGAGCGAGGGAGAGAUCUUGCAGUCAUCCAAUUUAAAAAGCUUCACUUUAGCAGAAAUGAAGACGGCCACCAGAAAUUUCCGUACUGAUAGCGUGUUAGGAGAAGGUGGCUUUGGAUCGGUGUACAAAGGAUGGAUCGAUGAGCACUCUUUGAUUCCUGCCAAACCCGGGACUGGCAUGGUUAUUGCUGUCAAAAGACUUAAUCAAGAUGGUUUCCAAGGUCACAAGGAGUGGUUGGCCGAAGUGAACUACCUUGGACAGCUCUGUCAUCCUCAUCUCGUGAAAUUGAUUGGUUAUUGCCUGGAAGAUGAACACCGUCUUUUGGCCUACGAAUUCAUGCCUCGUGGCAGCCUGGAGAAUCAUUUGUUCAGAAGAGGUUCAUAUUUUCAACCUCUCUCUUGGAGCCUCCGGAUGAAAGUUGCCCUCGGUGCUGCCAGAGGGCUUGCAUUUCUCCACAGCGGCGACAUAAAAGUGAUAUACCGGGAUUUCAAGACUUCAAAUGUCUUGCUGGAUUCCAAAUAUAAUGCAAAACUUUCUGAUUUUGGGCUGGCAAGAGAUGGACCAACCGGCGACAAGAGUCACGUCUCCACCAGGGUCAUGGGAACCUAUGGAUACGCAGCUCCUGAAUAUCUAGCCACAGGCCACCUAACAGCCAAGAGCGACGUGUACAGUUUUGGAGUUGUACUGCUGGAGAUGCUAUCGGGGCGGCGAGCCGUGGAUAAGAACAGGCCAUCUGGUCAGCACAAUUUGGUGGAAUGGGCUAAGCCCUGUUUGGCAAACAAACGAAAGAUCUUUCGCAUCAUGGACAGUCGUCUGGAGGGCGAGUACUCGAUCGAUGAGGCUCACAAGACAGCAAUGCUGGCUCUGCGAUGCCUCUCCAGCGAGCCCAAGAUCAGGCCUACCAUGGAUGAGGUUGUCAAAGCUUUGGAGCAGCUCCAAGUCUGCGUUCGUGAAAAUGGAAGCCACCGCAACUCUCGGCCUCGUAUUCGGAGAAGAAGCGCCGAUGACUUUAAAGGCAGGAGGGCUUAUCCCAGGCCAUCUGCUUCUCCUCUCUAUGCUUGACAGCACAGUCUUGUUUCUUAACCUGGAUAGAUAUUGUACAUAAUCCCUUUUCAGCUGAUAUGUUCCUGGGCGUUUCCGCUUGAGAUCGGCGUAUGUAUGUAUUUUGUAUGCUUUCAAGUGUCUGUUAACGAGUCACAGUUACGGAUAGUUGGGAAGGUAGGCGAUUGCUUUUGUAUGAUUGAUCAAGAUAGAAAGUUUCUUUCCGUACA